GUAACUCAUCUGCACCGCGUGCUGGAACGGGCCCAGAAGAUGCCCUGGGCGAUGGUUGGGGGCCUGCCCAUCGUGUUCUGCAUGCGGUCGCUGUGGUGCAGCGGCUGCGACGGGGCCGCGGCGUCGCUGCUGCGCAACGGGCUGCCUCCGCUUUUGUCUUCGCGCGGCCCCGUUGGCGAGCCCGAGCCCAGGUCUCAGGCCAGAGUUUGGGAUUGCUCCAAGUUGGUCGCCUCGCGAUUCGCACGGCCCGUGCAGCGCAGGAUGCUCCUGAUGGUGAGCUGCGAUCGCGGCCGGCAGCCUCUGCCGUCGGCGCCUUUCGCGUUGUCCUUCGUCGGGCGCUGCGGAUGCCUCGGCCGCUCGUGCGAGAAGGGCUGGCAGCGG